UAAACACAAAUAAAAGUCCAUUGCGUGGAUUUUCAUAAUAUAUACAAAUAUUUAAUUUUGUGGAUUCUUUGGCAACUCGUUAAACCCAAGGAGAGAGGCAAAAUCGCAAUUCCAUGUUCUAUAAUCCGUCUGGGCGGGUGUAGAAAUCAGGUGCGCUUGUCUCGCUUUAAUGGGUGAGGGAUUGUAUUCAUGAUUAUGAUUUGUAUUUUGGGAUCUACAAAUUUUGGGUUUGUGAGGAUUUUGCAUAUCUGAUUCUGGGUUCUGCUCAGAGUUCAUUAAAGAGGCCAAGCUUGGUUUUUCUGCAGCUGAGAAGUUUGAUGCUUAUAACUAUCUGGGAGAUAAUAUCUGAGUUUAUUGAGGAUACCUGGUUUAGGAGAUGCAAGAAUGGGCACAAAACAGAAGAUCAAUCAGUAUAGGGAGAGGCUAGAUAGAACACUGGCCUCACCUAAGCUAACAAAUUUAGAGUCUUUGAAGGCCCUUGUCAAGAGACAAAUACUACAAUCCUCAGGACAAGAAAUCCAAGGAUGUAGUGAGACGGUAAUAGAAAAGAGGACUGCUGAAGUCUCAAAUUUUCUUGAUAUGUUAAGGAGUGCUUCUAUGAAUGGCAGUGAGGAAUCAAAAUCUCUUGAAACCGCAUCGCAACAGGAAUGGAAAUUAAAGCAGGACAAUGAAGAGUUUCGUGUAAUGUAUCGGGAAGGGCCUCAGGGCACUCCUUUUCAUACAUUGCUUGUUGAAGGCUAUGUGGACGGACCUUUAGACGUCUGCUUAUGCAUCUCGUGGGAGUCGGCCCUCUACAAGAAAUGGUGGCCUCAGUCGACGAUCCCAACUUUCAAAAUUCUCUCUUGCAAUUGUUUGCAGAAGGUUCGGAUUGGGGAACAAAUAUCUUUAGUGAGGGUGAAGGUUUCAUGGCCACUGUCAACUAGAGAAGCUAUUAUUCACUAUUUUUUGUUCGAGUACUUGGAAGAUGAUCUGGUUGUUGUCCUCCUAAACACGGUCUCAGACACGGGAAAUAUUAACAUCAGUACUCAUGGUUUCACUAAUGAGGCAAUUCCCGAAGCAAAGGAUGUGGUUAGGAUUGAUGUAGUGGGAGGCUUUGCUUUACAAAAAGUUACCCCAGAAAGAAGUUAUUUUCGGACAAUAGCUAAUAUGGAUAUAAAGCUGGAUUUUGUCCCACCAUCGCUUAUAAAUUUUAUCGCAAGGCAGCUCAUUGGCAAUGGUUUCAGGCUUUAUCAAAAGGCAGUGUCUUCUACGUUUACAAGCGAUGAAGAUUUCAGCAAAGCCUUGAGGGACUCGCUAUACACUCGGAUACAUGAAGCUCUUUACUCCACUAAUCAAUCAAUUGGGGUUCUAGAAGAAAAGGAACUCAAUAGUGAGUCAUCGCAUCUCCCUAUAGAAUAUGAAACCAUAAAUAAUUUGGAUGAAUUGGAAAAAGAACACAAAAAAGACCUGGAAGAGAAAGAACUCAAGAGUGACCUGUCCAACCUCUCUGACGAACAAAAGGCCGCAAAUAAUUCAGACGACUUGGAAGUGACGGAUCAAAAAGUUAAUUGCGAUUACCAUGCAGUUGAAUAUCCGCUAAAGGACGUGCGAGUUGCAGGUACAACGGCUAUUUGUGAGAUUGAGGAGCUCAAGAGAGAAGAAAGCAAGCAUUUCAAAGAGCAAAUUUUAAUCGAGAAAGUAAUGGAAAGAUCCCCCGUUGGUGGUAAGAGAAAUAUCAGUUCAGAAGUGGAACAAGCUCUAGGAACAUUGGAAAAGGUCAUUUCUAUGGUUAGAGAAUAUGGAUUCAAUACCCAAAUGCAAUCCUCUAAUGAGUUUGGCGGUGAAAGGACUCCCAAGGUAAAAAAUGCUGUUAAGGACUCGAAAUCUUUAGAAGAUGAAGGAGUUUGUUCAAGGCUCGAAGCUCAUGUUGAGGUUGAAAAAGAAGUAGAGCAGACAUCCUCGCAAGAGUCGGUUAAGAAUAGCUCUUCCAUUGAAAAUGCCAGGCAAGGAGGAUCAAAUUCCUUUUCCAAGGAAGCUAACCACAACAGAAUAGCACCAGCAGCUUCCCCAGAGCAGGAAUUCUCAGUUCCUUGUGACACUAAUACCAAUCAGGUUGAUUCUUCUUCUGCCAAAGAUGGGCCGACCCAGAUAUCGAUUUCGAACCAUAUUACACGAAAUACCAAGGAUUCGAAUGGCGUCCAUGAAAACGGUCUUAAUGGAGGAAAGAAGUUAAGCAAGCAGAAAAGCCAAUGGCUUUGCUGCUUUGGCCCGAUUUCUUAAAAGAGGUGAGAUGGAAGUUAAACAGCGUAAAGCAGAUUUUUGGAGUUAUGGUAUAAAUGAAAUGAGACCUCACAAUCUAAUACAAUGAUACAAAAGAAGUAAUAUCAUAUUCAUGAAGAGUAUAGCUUUUUAUAAUGUAUGAAAAUAUGUAUCUGUGCCAAUAAUUUAUUAUACAUAAUCAUGCUUUUGGAUAUUUUCUACUUCUUCGUCUGGACGCUUCUUGUAAUAAGCUAUACAUAAGAUAAGUCAGUUUUCUAUUCUCGUUAAGAUAUUCCACAUUUUUCAGUGGAAAAGUUGUUCUUUGUGAACUCUCAUGAUAGGGUGCUUUGUAAUAGUUGAGACUUGUGAAACUUAGAAGACUAUUGGAUUGGAUGUGCC